AUGUAUACCUUCCUUCCUUGGACACUUUCCAUCAUUUUCUUAUUUCAAAACUCAUUUUGCAUCUCAAGCACCCCCCACCUCAUUUCCACCUCAUGCCAUGAGAAGAAAAAUCAAUUCUUUUUUUCUUCCUCCUCUUCUUUUUAUUCUUAUUUUCUUUCUCUUCCUCUUCUUUAUUUUCUUCACAUUUCAUAUUUUUUUUCUCACUUUCUUUUUUAUUGUCUUCUCACUUUCUUUAAAACAUCUUUUUCUUACCCGCUUUUCUUCUCUCAAAUUUUGCUCCUCCUUCUCCUUUAUUUUUGUCUCUUAUUCUCUUUUUCUUCCACCUUUUUUAUUCUUCUUUUCUCUCUUUUGUUAUCUUCUCUCUUCUUUAUCUUUUUCCUCAUCUCAACUUUAUUCACUACAUUUUCUUUUUUUUUCUUCUUCCUUUUCUUCUACAAAUAUCUUCUUUUCCUUUUUAAUAUUUUUCAUAAUUACUACUGUCAGUUAUUAUUCAUUUUCUUUAAAACAAUUUCUAAAUUUUUCUUUUUUCUUUUUCUCUUUUCCUUUUUCUCUUUUCUUAUUUCUUUUUCUCUUUUCCUUUUUCUCUCUUCCUUUUUCUCUUUUCCUUUUCUCAACCAUUUUUUCUCCCUCAUCAUUCUUCUUCUCCCCUUACUACUCUCCUCCUUCAUUUUAACUCCUCCUCCUAAUCUUUAUCUGCUUUCUUCUUCACAUUUUCUUCAUACUAUUUCUUACUUUCCUCCUCCUCCUUUUCCUCUUCUUAUUCCUUUCACUUUUUAG